AUGAAGGUCAAUCCCUUUGUGGCUUCUGAUCGAAGCAAGAACCGGAAAAGGCAUUUCAGUGUGUCUUCCCACAUUCACAGGAAGAUUAUGUCUUCCCAUCUUUCUAAAGAGCUGAGACAGAAGCACAAUGUCCAAUCCAUGCCCAUCCGAAAGGAUGAUGAAGUUCAGGUCGUACGAGGGCACUACAAAGGGAAGCAAACUGGCAAAGUCGUCCAGGUCUGCAGGAAGAAAUAUGCCAUUUACACCGAGCGAGUGCAGUGGGAGAAGGCUAUCGGCACAGCUGUCCAUGCUGGCAUUCACCCCGGCAAGGUAGUGAUCACCAGACUAAAACUGGACAAGACCACAAAAAGAUCCUUGAACGUAAAGGCAAAUCUCGCCAAGCAGGAAAAAGAAAAGGUCAAAUAUAAAGAAGAAACAAUUGAGAAGAUGCAGGGAUAA